AUGAAAUCAACAAUAUCAUAUAAUAAAUAAGAAAAUGUAAACGAAUAAACAAGCUAAAUAAUCGAACACUAAACCUUUUAUUAAGAAUAUAAAGAAGAAAGCCAACAUUUAAACUCAAUAAAGAGUUUUAUAAAACUAUAAACCAAUCACAAUAAUAAUAGCAAUGCAUAAAUUUUUGAAAAUAACACUUAAUAAUCAUCAUAGAUAAUAAAGAAAGCAUUUUCUAUAAAAUAGUAUAAUGAAGAUAAUAUUCCGAAUGAUAUCUCAUUAAUUGGAAGUGCAAUUAAUAGUGAAUUUAGGGUAAAGCUAGGUCCCAUAACAAUGAAAAGUGGAUCCAUAUAUACAGGUGAAUGGAAAAAAGGUAUGAAAGAUGGGUUUGGCAAAUUAGAAUAUCCCGAUGGCAGUUAUUAUGAAGGAUAAUGGCUUGAAAAUUAAAUCUAGGGUAAGGGAAAAUUAGUCAAUAUUGAUGGAGAUAUAUACGAUGGUUAAUGGAUUAAUGAUAUGGCUAAUGGUUUUGGAAUUUAUUAUCAUAAAGAAGGAGCUGUAUAUGAAGGGGAAUGGAAAGAUGAUCUUUAAAAUGGUUAAGGGAUUGAAAAAUGGCCUGAUGGGACAAAAUAUGAGGGUGAGUAUUUAAAUGGAAAAAUUAAUGGGAAAGGGAAACUUUAUUUUGAGGAUGGAAGUAGGUAUGAGGGUGAAUUUAAAGAUAAUGAAAUUCAUGGAUAUGGGGAGUAUUAUUGGAAAGAUUGUAAAACUUAUAAAGGAAACUGGGUUUCUAAUUAAACUUGUGGAUAUGGAGAAACUGUUUGGCCAGAUAAAAGAAUAUAUAAAGGAUAAUAUUUAAAUGAUAAAAAACACGGAUAUGGUAUAUUUUAAUGGGAUGAUGAAAAAAGAUAUGAAGGAGAAUGGAUAAAUGGAAAAUAACAUGGGAAAGGGUUUAUAAUAUUAAAUAAAGAAAAAAAAGAAGGUAUUUGGGAAAACGGAAAAAGAAUUUAAUGGGUAAAUGAUUAGUGA